UCUCCCCACAAGACAACUCGGUGCUGCAUCCUAUUGUACCAUCGCUUCCCGUCGACUCUUCUGUGCCCAACUCAACCCGAAUCGCCUCCAGCACAACACCAGAAGCCUUCGGUGCCGGCACGAGACGACGACUCCCUGUCGCCCACCUGCACCCGCCUGACGCACGUGCGACUGUUCACUCCGUCGCCCGGAUGCUGCGGAGAGCCGACAAAAGGGGGGACGUCGCGCAUACACAGAGAUAGGGGGUCCUGUCCGGGAAAGCAUCUACACCAGGACGACCGCGACGACGACGGCGACGGGCGCGAGCAGCGAACUCACCACAGACGGAGCGUGCGCGUCACUGCGACGGUGACCGCCCAAGAUGGCUUCCUCCGCGGCAGCUGGCUUCCUUGGCCGCUCGUCAGCAAACAACUCGAACAUGCGCGGCCUCGUCCAGUUCAUUGCCGACCUCAGAAACGCCCGCGCACGAGAGCUCGAAGAGAAGAGAAUCAACAAAGAGCUAGCCAACAUUCGACAAAAGUUCAAGGAUGGAAGUCUGAGUGGAUAUCACAAGAAGAAAUAUGUCUGCAAGCUGCUGUACAUAUACAUCCUCGGAUGGAAUGUCGACUUCGGACACCUCGAAGCUGUCAACCUUAUUUCCGCCAACAAGUAUUCCGAAAAGCAGAUUGGAUACCUCGCCAUGACUCUGUUCCUACACGAGAAGCACGAGCUGCUGCACCUGGUCGUUAAUAGUAUCCGGAAAGACCUCCUCGACAACAACGAACUGUUCAACUGCUUGGCUUUGCACGCAAUUGCCAACGUGGGUGGCCGGGAAAUGGGCGAGGCGCUCAGCGGAGAAGUGCAUCGACUGCUGAUCUCACCAACUUCCAAAGCAUUCGUCAAGAAGAAAUCGGCGCUUACCCUACUUCGCCUGUACCGAAAACACCCCGACAUCGUGCAGCCACAAUGGGCCGAGCGCAUAAUAUCGCUGAUGGACGACAUCGACCUGGGAGUCGCACUCUCUGUGACCUCGCUAGUCAUGACGGUGGCCCAGGACAAUCUGGAGCAGUACAAGGGCGCAUAUGUCAAGGCGGCGACCCGGCUGAAGCGGAUACUCGUCGAUGGGGAUUUCACAGCCGACUACCUCUACUACAAAGUGCCAUGUCCGUGGUUGCAGGUCAAGCUAUUGAGGCUGCUUCAAUACUUCCCGCCAUCUGAGGAUAGCCACGUGCGUGAGAUGAUCCGAGAGUCGUUGCAGACAAUCUUGAACCUGGCGAUGGAGUCGAGCAAGAACGUCCAGCAGAACAAUGCGCAGAACGCUGUCCUGUUCGAGGCUAUCAACCUCAUCAUCCACCUCGACACGGAACAUGCAUUGAUGAAGCAGAUUUCGACCCGCCUUGGGAGGUUCAUCACUUCCAGGGAGACGAAUGUUCGUUAUCUCGGUCUUGAAGCCAUGACGCAUCUGGCGGCACGCGCGGAAGAUCUUGAGCCUAUCAAGCAGCACCAGGAGGUAAUUCUCGGCUCUCUCAAGGAUCGCGACAUCAGUGUGAGGAGGAAGGGUCUCGACUUGCUAUAUAGUAUGUGCGACUCGACAAAUUCCGGGCCGAUCGUCUCUGAGCUUCUGCAUUAUCUGCAGAAUGCCGACUUUGCCCUCCGGGAGGAAAUGGCUCUCAAGAUUGCCAUUCUCACGGAGAAGUAUGCCACGGAUAUCCAAUGGUACAUCAACGUGUCACUCCGCCUUGUGGCUAUUGCUGGCGAUCACCUCAGCGACGAGGUCUGGCAGCGAGUGAUCCAGAUCGUCACGAACAACGAAGAGCUGCAGGUCUACGCUGCGCAGAACACCCUACAACACGUCAAGCAGGACCACUGCCACGAGACCUUGGUUAAGAUUGGUGCUUACGUUCUUGGGGAGUUUGGUCAUCUCAUUGCGGAGGAGCCAGGGUGCAGUCCGAUUGAGCAGUUCAUUGCUCUGUCCGGCAAGCUAAGCGCUUGCUCAUCCAGCACAAGGGCAAUGAUCUUGUCAUCAUUCAUCAAAUUCGUCAACCUCUUCCCGGAAAUCAAGCCACAAUUGAUGAACGCAUUCGAGCUCUACAGCCACUCGCUCGACUCGGAGUUGCAACAACGCGCUUACGAGUAUUUGACGCUAGCGACGCUGCACUCUGAAGACCUCCUGCGUACUGUUUGCGACGAGAUGCCACCAUUCCCGGAACGUCAGUCCGCACUGCUCUCGAGACUGCACCAAAAACAUGCCAACACUAGCGACAAGCGCACCUGGGUCGUGGGAGGCAAGGACGCAAAUGCCGACACCAAUGAGCUUAACAUGGCGAAGCAACCUGGGCUUAAGCGGGUGUUCAGCUCGAACGCGCCGCUGAAUGGCAAUGGUGCCUCCAACGGUCUCAAUGGGCACACCCAUGACCUCUCUGGACUCGACAUGAACGCCGGGCCAAUGCCAGAAAAGGUCAUUAAAGUGCCAAAUCUGGCAAGUGCCGCUCACUUGUCACCGGGCUGGGAAGCUGGCUUCAACAAGCUUAUGCUCAAGGCCGAUGGUGUCUUGUUUGAGGAUGGCCAGCUGCAAGUGGGAGUGCGCUCCGAGUAUCGGGGGCAGAUGGCUUGCCUGAUCUUAUAUAUUGCCAACAAGACGCCAGCCUCCAUCAGCUCGUUCACAACGACGCUGGAUCUCGACGCGAGCGACAAGCAGAACCUCUCAUGGGAUGUCAAGGGCAUUCCGGACAGCACAAUCCCCGCAGGAGGUCAGACACGGCAGAUUAUCAUGUUUGAAUGCAAAAAGGUGUUCAAUAACUGCCCGACCGUCAGGAUCAGCUAUCUGGCUGGUGCCCUCCAGGCCCUGACACUCAAGCUCCCGAUCGCAGCCCACAAGUUCAUGGACGCUGCCGAUCUCACCGCGGAGGACUUCUUCAAAAGGUGGAAGCAGAUUGGCGGUGCACCCCGCGAGGCACAGCAGAUCAUUACUUUGUCUGGCAAGCCGGAUAGCAAUGCCAUCACGGCCAGCUCUGUGCGCAAGGUCAUCGAAGGAUUCCGCUGGGGCGUUCUUGAGGGCGUUGAUCCCAACACGAAGAACUUUGUCGGAGCGAGUGUGCUGCACACUUCUGGCGGUGGCAAGUUUGGUUGUCUCUUGCGGCUGGAGCCCAACUACGAGACGCAGAUGCUACGCUUGACCAUCCGCGCCACGGACGAGGGCGUGCCAGCCGUGCUGCUGAAACUAAUGGAGGCCAGGGUGGCGGCAGGCGAGUCGACGAGACCUGUGCGGGACGAAGGGCCGACGAGGCAAGACAUAUCUAAUGUAUUUGGCAAUGUGAUGGUUACAUAGCAUGCUGCGAGAGUCUGGGGAUGAUUAUUCUGUUUAUGCAUGAGAAUGACGAAUGGAACGGGGAAAACGCUGGUUUACUACAUAGCAGUGCAAAAAGGCAGCAUUCAUUGUCCUUCAGUUGUUGAUUUACUCUCUUCCCAACUUUCUCAACUAACUUGGGCGUUUGUGAACAAGUCGAAGCCGAAGAAAAGCGGAAGGGGGCGCAGUUCACC